AUGAGGGACUAUUGCCCCGUGCCGCGGUCCCGGUACAGCCGGUACGGCCGGUAUGUCCCAGGCCUGAGGGCCUCACGCACCGUGCACUUCCCCAACGACGUCGUCUUCCAGGACCACAUCAAGCAGGGGGACCUGGAGCAGGUGGGCAGGUUCAUCCGAGCCAGGAAGGUGACGCUGGACACCAUCUACCCCUCUGGCAUGGCAGCCCUGCACGAGGCUGUGCUGACCGGAAACCUGGACUGCGUCAAGCUGCUGGUGAAACACGGCGCCGACAUCCACCAGAGGGACGAGAACGGGUGGACACCACUGCACAUGGCCUGCAGCGACGGCUACGCUGACAUCGCCAGGUGA